AUGUGUAAUUACAAAAGCACUGAAUCAGCAUUGAAGAACCUUGAGACCCAGGUGGGUCAACUAGCCAAACAGUUAGCUGAGAAGUCAUCCAACAGCAUUAGGGCAAAUAUUGAGAAGAAUCCCAAAGAAGAAUGUAAUGCUAUGAUGACAAGAAACAAGAAGCGUGUGGUAGUUGAGGAUGAGGAUACUGUGGCCUUGAAAGAACAAACUGUUGUAAAGGACAGUACUGAGAAAAUGAACAAGGAGCAAAUUCCACUCUACUCAAAGUUUUUGAAAGAUAUGUUGACAAGGAAGAACAAAUACAUUCACCAAGAGAAUAUCAUUAUGGAGGACAACUGCAGUGCUAUGAUACAGAAGAUCCAUCCACCAAAACACAAGGACCCUGGAAGUGCGACUAUUCCUUGUUCAAUAGGUGAAGUCACAGUGGGGAAGGCACUCAUUGACUUGGGAGCCAGCAUCAACUUAAUGCCACUCUCCAUGUGUAGAAGGUUGGGAGAGUUGGAAAUCAUGCCCACCAGAAUGACCUUACAGCUUGCUGACCGAUCCAUCACAAGGCGGUAUGGGGUAAUUGAAGAUGUCCUUAUAAGAAUUAAGCAGAUGGUCUUUCCAACUGACUUUGUGGUCAUGGAUGUGGAUGAAGACCAUGAGGUUCCCAUCAUUUUGGGACGCCCCUUUAUGUUAACUACAAGUUGUGUAGUUGACAUGGGAAGAAAGAAAUUGGAAAUGGGUUUUGAAGAUCAGAGGAUCAAUUUUGAUCUAUUUGAAGAAAACAAGCCUGUACCAGAUCAUAAUGUCUAUUUGCAAGUCGUAGAGGGUGAUAAGGAGGUUCUGAAGUUAAAGGACAAAGUGGAUAUCACCCAUUGA